AUGGCAACUUGGAGAGCAUUAUUAUCACCCAAUAAAAAUAUAUCUUUUUCAGUUUCUCAUAAAGAGUCUUUGGAUAAUAGAAUAGUCACAUAAAUCAAAGCGAGACAUGCAAAAACAAUUACCUAAAGCACGAAUCUAACCUAAAACAAACCAACAAUAAGGAGAGAGCAUUCUGAAUCCAUUGAUGGCGAUUAAGCAUUUAUUUAAUCUUCUUCCAAAGACUUUUUUGCAAAUUUUAAUGUAAAUAAGGACAAGACUUAAUUGACUGAAAUCAAGCAAGUCUUAAUGUAAAAUUCGAUGAAUUUAAAAUAAUUGCAUAAGAACAUCGAUAAAUUUGAUUAUAAUUAAAGACAAAUUUAAGCAUUAUAAAAAUAAAUACUUCAUUAAAGAAGUAAGUACAGUUUAUCUAUAAACACAAAAAUAAAUCAAUGCCAAAAAAAAAUAUAAGAUAUCUAAUUAUUACUUUUGAGUAAAAAGUGA